AUGAAUGAAAAUAAUAAAGAAACUUUUAUUACAACAUUACCAAAUGAUAAUCAAGUCAAAUCAUUUAGCUUAAAUGAUGAUGAUGAUAAUAUGAAUAUUGAUGUUAAAUCAUCAAAUGAUUCAGAUGAUGGAUCAAUAACAAAUAAUGAAAUUUCAAAUAAACAAGAACAUCAAAAUGCAUCACUAAUUUCAAUAGCAAAUGUUGAAAGUAUAAAUGAUACUGAACAUAACAUACUCAUUGAUGAACCAUCAUUAUCAAUAAUUGAUGAUCAAACACAAAUAACUAUUCCAAAAGCAGUUUAUGAUUAUGCUGCAGUAGUUCGACAGACAUUGGAAACUCCUCGUCAAACUAAAUUAGCUCAUGAUGUUGCAACUGUACUCGGUUCGAAUGAUCCACCACCAGGCUUUGGUUUUCUACAUCCUCAAUAUUACUAUCUUGAACAAACUCGUCCUACUCCAUUAGAACCUCUUCCAGUUUGGCGAGGUUAUAACGGACACGUUUAUUUUUCACCAAUUCAAGUACGUCAAUUUGAAAAUCAACGACUUAUUUUACCGACAGAUUCACUAAAAUCGACCGAAAUUCUAAGUGUUCCAUCGAUAAGAAAAAUAGAAAUCGAACAACGAAAUACAAUUUUAUCAGACUCUAAGAAUAGAAAAACUAUUACAAACACAAAUCAUCAUAUCAUAGAACGAAAUUAUAACGGACGUUCAUUAACAAAGAAAAACACACAAGUAGGAACAAAUUCAAAUGUCAAAUCAAUAACAAGUAGUAACGAAUUAAGAUAUCCCACAACAGUAACAUUUAUUGAUAAAGAAGAUUAUAAACAAGAAUCAAUCGAAAUGUGGCAAUCAGUUGUUACUUGCGCACAUGUUCAAACAAAACCAAUAUCAAAACGAAGUCGACAUGCUAUGGAAGAUUUACAAGCUUUACAACAAGAACAAUCAUUACAAGAUCCAACAGGUUAUAAUCGACAAGUUUUACCAAAUAUUCGACCUGUAGCAAAAUCAAAAUUUGUCUAUAAAGGUUUAGCAUAUAAAGAAAGUCAAAAAUUACCAGGCAUUGGAAAUGGAAAUGGUAAUGAUAAUGAUGGUAAUGCAUUACAAAAGCCAUUAGUUUCUUAUAAUCUUGCUCAAGCUUAUGCUCGAUAUGAAAUAAAUGCUGCACGUGCAAAACAAGGCAUUCGACAACCACCUCCAACUGCAGCAACUGCUGCUGUUUUAAAAGAUCAACAUUCACCAUUACAAACAUCACUUGAUUUACGUGAAAUGAGAAAACGUAUUGUAAGAGGUACAACUCUUGCCUGUCGACCCCCACCACAAUCAGUUGCAUGGACACCAGGUCGAGCUGAUCAUAGAUCAACAUUAGGUUCUGAGACUGCAUAUCGUCGUCCAUCAACAUCAAAAUCGUCUAUUCCACAAAAACAAACAACGGUUAUUGAAAUGCCAAUUUUAACUAAAAAUAUUAGUCAACCACGAAGUUCUUCACGUUUUACGACUGCAUCAGAAAUGAUUGCUGCUGCAUCAUAA